CUCAAGUACUGAUAGGGAAAUGGGAAUUCAGUCUGAUCUGAUUCUCAGGUUUUGAUUGCUGUUACCAAAACAAAUGGUUACACAUGAUCUUACCAAACAGUGUGAUAGUGUUAUAUUAAUAUAACAUCCUACUGUCCUUCCCACUGUCCCCCACCAGGUGUCAGCAAAAAUACACUUCUAUUAUUUGCUGCACACUUCCCCAAACAACUACUUCUUUGUUUUGACAAUUGUUGUAGUAGUAGCAGUAGUAGUAGUAUUAGUAGUAGUGGUAGUAGUAGAAAUCCUUAACAUGAUGGACAUAAAUAGCUGUUUUUUUUUUUUUUUUUGAAUAAUCCAUCUACAAACCAAAACACACGAGCUUGAUGAAUUUCCCAAAGCUAAACUUAUUUUUUGACUCUUUUUUUAUAUGCAAGAGGAAAUGUUGGCUAAUUGCAUACGCUGAUGUAACAAGGCUUUGUACCAUUUUUGGCUCGUGUUUUCAUUGAAAAUCACUACAUUCACUGGUGUAAAAUUUUUCUGUUUAAUGCAGUAUUGUAUCUUGCGACAAAUAGUUGGGAUAAAAUCGGGUGAACCAGACACAUUUCAGUGCUAGAAGCAGGUUAGGAAACAGUGAGAGAAGUUAGUCAUGUUUUGGGUAGAGGUGGGAGGAGUGGCGUGAUCAUACCAGCAGAUCUACAAACGCUUUGCACAGACGCUGUCAGCGGCCACACUGAGCUAAGACUGUUUUCUGAUUAGUGGAGCGCUUGAUUUCGCCCUCCUGGACGUCCUCCCAAAAGUUUUUCACCUCGCUCGACCCCUCAGCUCACUUGUCCUCUACAUGGACUUCGUGUUUCAAACUUACCCUCCAGCCGCGGCGUCGACAUGGACACUGUCAUUUCGUAGCUGCAGGCUCUGCCGUGCUGUCGGGGUUUAUGUAUGGCCGGAGCUUGCUGCAAGUGUCCAGUCUCCCUGUCCGUGUUCAAGCGCUCUCUCUCGGUGGCGCCGCGGGGCUGCGCGUCCGCUCCACGGUCCCUCCUGCCGGGCUGGAGGCUAGGGGAGCGGGGCCUUCAGGAGGCCGUGCGACCCUCCAGUGCCUUCAGACCCGCAUGCUUUUACCGACACUCGGUCUUCUUCUGUCUCUCCUGCCAGGAGUCCAUGAGUGAGAGUCUGCGGACCUGCUACCUGUACCUGAACCAAACCAGCCGGAGUUUUGCAGCCGUGAUUCAGGCGCUGGACGGGGAACUGAGACAUGCAGUUUGUAUUUUCUACUUGGUGCUGCGAGCGCUGGACACAGUGGAGGACGACAUGAGUAUCCCUCUGGACAAAAAAGUUCCCAUGCUGAAUGAUUUCCACACCUACCUGUACCAGGAUGAGUGGUGCUUCACUGAGAGCCAGGAGAAAGACCGGCAGGUCCUGGAGGAUUUCCCGACGAUAUCACUGGAAUUCAGAAACCUCGCUCAGGAAUACAGAGACGUUAUCUCAGAUAUCUGCCACCGCAUGGGAGAGGGAAUGGCUGAAUUCCUGGAGAAGAAAGUGGGAUCCAUGAAGGAGUGGGACCAGUAUUGCCACUAUGUGGCAGGGCUGGUUGGCAUCGGUCUGUCUCAGCUCUUCUCUGCGUCCCAGCUGGAGGACCCUGAGGUGGGCCGGGACACAGAGCUGGCCAACUCCAUGGGCCUGUUCCUCCAGAAGACCAACAUCAUCCGAGACUAUCUGGAGGACACGCAAGAGGGACGUGCCUUCUGGCCACAAGAGGCUUGGAGUCAGUUUGCAGGUCGUCUUGAAGACUUGGCCCAGCCGGAGAAGCUGGAGUCGGCUCUGUCCUGUCUCAACCUGCUGGUCACUGAUGCUCUGCGACACGUCCCAGAUGUUAUCGCCUACCUGUCCCGCCUGCGCAACCAGAGCGUCUUCAAUUUCUGCGCUAUUCCACAGGUGAUGGCAAUAGCUACACUCUCAAAAUGCUACAACAACCCCAUGGUGUUCCAGGGAGUAGUGAAGAUCAGAAAGGGGCAGGCUGUCACCCUCAUGAUGGAGGCCACCAACAUGCAAGCAGUGCAGACCAUCAUCACCCAGUACAGUCAGGAGAUUUUACAGAAGGUCUCCCUCACUGACCCGUCGCGGGACAAGACCCUGCACAUCCUGGCUGUAAUCCGUGAGAAGUCCACGCUGUCACAGUCCAGCCUCCCCUCCAGGACCCACCACCUGUCGCCCAUGUACCUGUCUGCUGCCAUGCUGCUGGCCGCUCUCAGCUGGCAGUACCUCAGCACUACUGCGGCACAGGCGCAGGGCACCGGCGACAUGCAGGGACAGUGAACCCCUUCCCCCUCACUUUUCCUGGGGGCUACAGACUAAGAACGCCCCUCUGCUCACUCUGGAGGUCUGGAUCUCCUCUCACCAGAGGAUUCUGGAGCACUUCUACCCCACUUUGCCCUCUUUGUUAUGGCUGUUACAAAACCAUGGACAUACUUAUAUAGAGGGGUUCUGGUAGCAGGCUGGUCUCAUUAGGUUGUGUGGUAGUGAUUUGUGGUAGUCCAUCCUGCGUCUGGAUUUGUUAAUUACACACAGUGUUGUGUGGUUAUAUUCACCAGCAUUAAUGGCACAUUGAAACAAUUCAGGGUGUUUUAUUGUCAUUUGGUGUUUAUGCUGAUCAUGUGUUUCUUCCUUUUUUGUUUGAUUUGUUUGAAACAUUUUGACCUAUUAUUGAUUUUGAAAUUAUUGAGCAGAUUUAAAUAUGUCAAGACAGAAAUUCAUAGAUUAAAGUUAACUGUUAAGUGGUCUGCAAUGUUUAAAUGCACAAACCAUGACACUGCCCAUUUUAGGAUUUCAAGGAACACAGUCACCAAACUUUAGUUUUUCUUUAAAUUUUUUCUCAAAUCUUAGUUUGCUUAUUUUACAUGUCAAAUCAAAGCUAGCUUAAUGUUCCACUUGUUAUGUUUCUAUAGGAGAAACACUUAAAGAACUGUUACAGUGGUGCACUUGCACCUGCACUGUAUGUAUGUGCUAUGUAGAUGUGGAUAGCAUCCCCUCACAGCAGAGCUUUAUUUUUAACACUCAUUCUUGUCUUGGUUCAUUCAACAUUUCAACUCUAUGUACUUUGAAAUAGGAGAAAAAGAACAGUGCAAUUCCAAUGUAGUUUUGAAAUUAAUGAGGAAGAACAAAGACUUAUUGAACAAAUGUAAUUUCUGAUACAUUUGAUAUGAGAGAGAGAUCCAUAUUGAGACUGCUAGCUAAAGUGUCCUUAACACAGCUUUGGUGAGUAGAAAGGCUAGCACAGAGUAACCUUGCACAGAACCAAAGGAGAGCUACAAACAUUGCUAUGUAAUGUGAAAUUUUGAUUUGUACAUAUUUGAACUAAUAAAGAGGUGAAAUUA